AUGACUUCAGCGACAAAUGUUUGCUUUCUACUCAGUCUUUCCGCGUUGGGUAAGUCAAUUCUACCUUCAUACAAGCAGUGCAUAAUAAAGUUAAACGUGUCUAUAAAUGCUUUUUUGUCUUUCCGCCUAGCAUUCAGUAAGGUCAAUGAGCAAACAAUCUAUCGUAAGCCUGGAACGCAAAUCAACAACGAGUUUGUUAAUGUGGAGUUCGAAGCGCAGGUACUUGGCUGACUUUUGAAAUGAAUGCCAUAUUCACUCGCAAUGCAUGCUAACUCAUUACUAGAAUCACUCCCAUUUCAUCCUGGCUUGCAAUACUCAUUAUUCGAGUUUGGUUUUAUAAACGCGAUUCUUUGAGAUCAGCUCCGAAUUGUAUUUUUACCUCAUAGGCAUUGAGGACCGGAUGCAGUGACCCCGACAAAUUAUGCGGUCGGAUAAGCGGUAAGUCGUUUUCACAGAAAGUCAAAACUACAUGCAACAAUUGUCAUACCAAAUUAAUCCGCGUUUCUUUUGACAGGCCACAGGGAAACAUUUACCAUUCCUGCAAGCACAAGCAUCACAACGGGCGACAAUCAUAUCACCAUUUUACAGUCUUCAGGCGCAGGUGCUUAUAUUCAAGUAAACGGUAAGCGACCUUCAUGCAUUUGGCAGUAAUGUCCAAGGCAAAUAACCAACCGUAAUUCAUAUUACUUCUGCAGAUCAUAUUCCACCACAAGGUCUUCUCGUACUUGGACGAUUGGAUGUGCAAAAUGGUAGAGUAGUGACUGAUGGACGUUUUACGGCUGAAUUUCGCGUCACAGUAAGAUCAGUCGGCAUUUAAAAUGCUUAAAUUAACCACUACGUGUUUCAACUGCACCUUACUUAUUUCCUUUCACAGGGCUCAAACCCACCACUUCCGCUGACAAAUUUUAAAAGUAAUCCAACUUCUCUUUCAUCCUGACAAUAUAAGCUGGGCGUUUGUUUCAAAUACAAACCGACCUUACGAUUUGUACACCUGGUGAUUUUGAAACCACCUAUUAGUAAUUAUUGCCAGUUGGUGUAAAAUUUGAAAUUCUCCCCUGAUGCUCACUUGAGAGAAAAGAAUUAUCACAUGUAUUACCAAUGUAGGUCGCUUUUGAGGAGUCGCUUAGUUUUGCUUAAAUGUCAUAUAUCGUAACAGGCUGUUCACUCAGUAUGCUUGCCAGUUUAUAUAUUUAAAAAAAUGACUAAUCAAGCUGUCACCAGGAAUCUAUUGCUUACCUCGCAAACGUGCCACACGAAAAGAAAAUGUUAAAACACUAAAAAGACAAUGACGUCAAUAUUCAUGCUCUGAUGUAGAGUUUACAAGCCAACUUUUCCCUCUGUUUGGAUAAACAAUUUGGGACCCCUUCAUAUUGGCUUUGCGAAAGGCAUAGCCCUCUUGUCAAACUGACGCUGAACUUCUUACGCCCAACUCCCUGAAUUUUAGAUGAAACAGUUGUCCUGCUAAACGGACCAAUGGGAAAUGAACCUGUCAGCAUCAUACUGGCGACCGAUAACGAUGGUGGCGGAGAGACUUUCACGCUGAAAAUCCUUCCUGGCACUUCAACAAGCGGAAGUCCUGUGUCGACUCUCAAGGAAUUCUGCCUGAUCCCUGUCUUCCUAAUGCUAGCAAAACUCUUUGCUGAAAUGUGA